AUGAGUUCUACAAAUUCUACUCUCUCCUGUAAUUGCAACAGUAACAGUAAGAUUGACAUUUCGACGGUGGACCUAGGGCUUGACCAUUUGGACCUAGAUCACUUUGUUGACGUUGGGAACAAGCUCGCCGACGCUUCCGGUGACGUCAUCCGCAAGUACUUCAGGAAAUCUUUCGACAUUCUUGACAAAGAAGAUUUGAGUCCUGUUACAAUUGCUGAUCAAGCGGCCGAGGAUUCAAUGGUUAAGAUUAUAGAGGAGAAUUUUCCUUCUCAUGCAAUUUUUGGAGAAGAGAAUGGAUGGAGAUGUAAGGAAAAUGUUGCAGAUUACGUUUGGGUUUUGGAUCCAAUAGAUGGGACAAAAAGUUUUAUUACUGGCAAACCCGUGUUUGGAACUCUAAUUGCUCUACUACACAAGGGUAAACCGAUUCUUGGCAUUAUUAACCAACCUGUUCUGAGAGAGAGAUGGAUUGGAACAAGUGGGAGGAGAACUACUUUGAAUGGACAAGAAAUCUCCACGCGCAGUUGUCCGCAACUUUCCAAAGCCUAUCUGUACACUACUAGUCCACAUCUAUUUGCUGGAGAUGCUGAGGUGGCCUUCGCUCGAGUAAGAAGUAAGGUUGGUCCUUUUAUAUCUAACAGUGAUCAAAUGUAUUCAGCUGUCUUACUUAUCUUGGUUUUUGUAUCAGUUCCCUCUAAAAGUAAAUGGAUUCGUGAUGUAUAA